GUCGUAUAGCCACUUGCAAAGCGAUUCUCGACCUUAACCUCAACAAAACCCUUUUUCCUAUUGUUCCCAACACUCACUUAAUAUAUUCUGUCGCCGAUUACUCCCGUCCGAGUCGACUCAGCCAUGGAUGAUCGCUCGGUCCCACCGAGCGACCCUUUACUCCUCAAGUUCGAGCCCUCCGAGCUCCGAACCGCCUCCGAGUUCCUCACCACCUGGCUCCCCUUCCUCUCCAGAGAUCUCUGCCCCGACUGCUCCCAAACCCUCUCAGAUCGCGUCCGCUCUCUCGGCCAUGAACUUGAUGCCGAUGCCGGACCUGAGCGCCCGAAUGAGAAUUCAGAUCCUUUAAAUUCGGAUAUACCCAAAUUGCAGCAAGAGGUGAAUCAAGAGGUGCAGCUAGAGGUGAGUGACGAUCACGAUGAGAACUGUGACACCAAUUCAAUCGGUAGUUGGAAAGACGGGUGGUCUGGACCUGUGGCUCGGGAACAGUCUACGAGCGGAUCACCGAGCCAUCAUCGGAUGUCUUGGGCCGACAUAGCACAGGAGGAAGAAGACGAGUUCGGGGAAGAGGAGAAGGGUGAGGUGGUGGAGGAGGCGGAGGAGGACUCUGAGACAACGACCAAACGGGUGGUCGAUGUGAAUGCUGCCACUGGGAAAUUGAGGAUAUCGAUGAAGGCAGUUGAGAAGCCGAAGACAAACCUGUCAAGGGAACAGAGGGAGUACACUCGGUUCAUGAAUGUGAAGAGAGUGAAAGACUUUAUUUGCUUGGAAAGAUUUAGGGGAAAGAUUGUUAAUAUUCUUGAGGGACUUGAGCUUCACACUGGUAUCUUUAGUGCGGCGGAGCAGAAGAGGAUAGUGGAUACUGUGUAUAUAUUUCAGGAGAAGGGGAGGAAAGGGGAAUUAAAAGAACGGACAUAUACGGCACCCACUAAGUGGAUGAGGGGGAAGGGACGUGUAACUAUCCAAUUUGGGUGCUGUUACAAUUAUGCAACGGAUAAAAAUGGUAACCCACCUGGUAUCCUCCAUGACAAUACUGUAGAUCCUAUGCCUUAUCUUUUCAAGAUGAUCAUUAAAAGGCUGGUCAAAUGGCAUGUACUUCCUCCGACCUGUGUACCUGAUAGUUGCAUUGUCAACAUCUAUGAAGAAGGGGACUGUAUACCUCCGCACAUUGACAACCAUGAUUUUGUGCGGCCUUUCUGCACUGUGUCUUUUCUAAGUGAAUGCAAUAUCAUUUUUGGAUCGAACUUGAAGAUUUUGGGUCCUGGCGAUUUUGACGGUGCCAUUGCAAUCCCACUCCCUGUUGGAUCUGUUCUUGUCUUGAAUGGAAAUGGGGCUGACGUGGCUAAGCAUUGUGUGCCUGCAGUUCCUACAAAGAGGAUAUCAAUCACAUUUAGAAGAAUGGAUGAAUCCAAAAGGCCGAUUGGGUAUGUUGAAGAACCUGAUUUGCUGGAUAUUCAACCAUUGCCAUAUCAAGUGGAGAAAGAGAAAAGGUUAAAUGCUCCAAAGCCCGACCGAUAUAUGAAGCAGUCAUUUCGAAGACCAGUUAACAUGGAAUCAAGGGGACCUGCCGAGGGAAGUGACACCUAUAGACGGCCUCAUGAAUCAAGUUGGAGACCAGUUAACACAAGAUCAAGGGGACCUGCUGAGGGAGGUGACACCUAUAGAGAGCCUCGUGAAUCAAAUUGGAGUCGAGGAGUGCCUCCAAACAGGAGGAGAGAAGGGUGAACUUAGGCAGCUGAUGGUUGCAUCAUUACCAAGAGCCAAGCCUCUUGAUUUCAGCUAUGUACUGUGUGUUGCUGUUUGUUUGGAUGCGGUCUUUUUUAGAAUACUUCAGUUCCAAGGGCAGAGGCAAAGCUUGUGAAGGUAAUAAAGUUGGUCUAAUGUGGUGGACAAGCUGGCCGGAGAAAAU